CUGCCAGACUAUAGCCAACUUACCUUUACUCCGAAAUACCCCCUUCCAGUUUCCCCCCCCCGACCCCCAGCUGCCUCUUCCGCUUCGCUUAGAUUCUCUUCACCACCACUUGUCGAGACCAGAAUCAUCUCUAGAGGCCUCACCUUUCCUCUUCCUCCAGACAUGCCGACCGUCUGCCCGCUUGAAAGAGACAUUCCUGGCCACCUACCCCCAUCGCCAUCGAGUGCCCUUUCCGCACUAGCAGAGCAUCAUGGGCAUCUGGGGCCACCAUCACUAAAGAUGCCAUCCUCCUUCGGGCCACUCUCACUCAUACACCCCCCUCCCCUUCCUACCUGUUCACCACCUCCUCCCCAAUCUCCUCCAAUUCUUCCUCCUCCUCCGCCACUCUCGCUGUCAUUGCCUCCAAGCCUGGAUCUGCAGGUUUCUCGAGGUGUCGAAUUCCGACCAGCCGGAUGCUCCAGCCCAGUUCUCCACCAGCAUCGUCAACUGUCGGUCCAGAUGGUUCAUACAAAGCACCUGCACAUUAGUGGAUCAGAACAACGCAACCAUGAGCCAUCUGCAUUCACUUCGGUCGCAGUCGAUCCUUGCUCUGGCAGAUCUGUCAUUAAUGAUCUGCAAGCAGAAAUGGGCUCCACGUCCAUAUCCUCUGCCCCCGGGCUUCUUUCAUCAGCUCAGCCUCGCCUCGGGAGCCUCUCUCUUCAUCAGGAGCCACAUUCCUCAACAUCUGUGACUGUCGCCACUGUUUCUUCUGAAACCGACUGUUGUGGUCGGGGGUCGAAUUCAAUCCAUCCUGGGAAUCAAGCGGCUCCCCCGGCUGGUGUCUAUUCACCCUGCCAAGCACAACAGCUGGCUCUGCACUCAGGCCUCGUUAGGCCAACUCUCUUGUCUCCUUUAGGCGGGACUCCUAUCAAUCCUCUGGCGUCUACUGCCUUUUGCCCACCUGGCAGUCUCUUACGAAUGGGCUCAAAUCCUGGUUUCCCCCAAAUG